UGGCGGCGUUGUGUAAGACCACGCUUGCUAAUCACAAAAAGUUAUUUUUGUUUAUAGGCAAAUUAGAUUAUCAUUCAUUGAUGUUAAAGAAAAUAUCAUCUUAUGAAGUUCAAUAUAUAUGUUCUUUAAUAAAUAUGAGAAAUUACAGUCGUCUUCCUGACGGUCCGAGUUUACAGGAUUUCAUAGAAAAUGCGGUGCCGUUGAAUUUGAGUAGCAAAGAUUAUAAAGAGAAGCUAAAAAGAACUUCUGAUGACCCAAAAAGGCUUCGUCUUCCACCGUGGCUAAAGAGAGAUAUUCCAAUGGGAAAAAAAUUUCAUUAUUUAAAAUCUACUCUUAGGAAUCUUAAUUUGCAUACGGUAUGUGAAGAAGCAAAAUGCCCAAACAUUGGAGAAUGUUGGGGAGGAGGACAACACGGUACAGCAACUGCUACAAUUAUGUUACUUGGUGAUACAUGUACCAGAGGGUGUCGAUUUUGUUCAGUGAAAACAUCCAGGAAACCACCACUGCCUGAUUCAGAUGAGCCAGUAAAUACUGCAAAAGCAAUAAGUGAUUGGGGAUUAGAUUAUGUUGUUUUAACUUCUGUGGAUAGAGAUGAUUUAAUUGAUGGUGGUUCUGAACAUAUUGCACAAACUGUUAAAGAAUUAAAGCAGAAACCUGUCUACUACAGAAGAGUUGUUUGGUUCCUUGGGGUUCCAUUACAGACAGAUCUUCGGAAAAUAGAUGUCGAUUGCCUGACACUUGGUCAAUACAUGCAACCUACCAAAAGACAUUUGAAGGUUGUUGAAUAUAUAACACCAGAGAAAUUUAAAUAUUGGGAAGAAGUAGGAAAUGCUAUGGGUUUUGUUUAUACUGCAAGUGGACCAUUAGUCAGGUCAUCAUACAAAGCAGGAGAAUUCUUCUUGAAGCAUCUCAUUCAAAGUAAAAUAGAUGAAAAGGAAAAGGAAAAUCACUGAUGGAAUUUAUAUUCAUUGUAUUUAUUCUUUAUAUUGACAAAUUACAAAAGACAUGUAAAUAA